UUGUGAUGACCCUACAGACAGUCACAGCCCUGAACAAUGCCUUGUGUAUCCAGCCUGGGUUUACACUGCUUCGGUUUGGGACGCAUGUCUUCUACUUUGGACAGAAAGGUUGGCCCAAGCGCUCAUGCCCUACGGGGGUCUUCCUCGUGGACCUGAAAAACAAUGAGCUUAAACUCCGUCCCACCAUGUUCAGCAACGACUCGUGUUACCUGCCCCCCCUGAGACAACCUGCUGUAUGCAGCCUCCCGUCGGAAGGCGGUGAGGUCAAGCGGUACCUGAUCCAUGGUGGAAAGACACCAAAUAAUGAGUUAUCUCACAAACUAUACAUUAUGUCAAACGCGUCCUUGGCCGGAAAGAAAGUCACCCUGUGCUGCUCAGAGAAAGACCUUGAGGGGGACGUCCCGGACGCAAGGUAUGGUCAUUCCAUGGACGUGGUACAGAGCAGAGGCAAGUCGGCCGUGGUGAUAUUUGGAGGAAGGUCUUACUUGCCAUUAAAUCAGAGGACCACGGAAACAUGGAACAGCGUUACUGACUGCCAGCCGUUGGUCUACUUGAUAGACCUUCAGUUUGGAUGUUCUACUGCUUAUGCUCUCCGAGAGCUGCAAGACGGAAUUUCCUUUCAUGCCUCCUUGGCCAAGAAUGACACAGUCUAUAUUUUGGGUGGCCACUCCAUUGAAAAUAAUUAUAGGUCCCGAAAUAUCUAUAAGAUUAAGGUCGAUCUACCCCUUGGAAGCCCAAAGGUGACUUGUACAGUCUUACAAGGAGGUAUCUCCUUCUCUAGCUCUAUCCUAACCCAGACAAACCCAGACGAGUUUAUUAUUGUUGGCGGAUACGUAUCGGACAGCCAGAAAAGGCUAACUUGUAACAGAUUGUGCCUGAGCGAAGAUACCAUAGAUAUCCAGGAAAUGGAGGCUCCUGAUUGGACAGGAGAGAUUAAACACAGCAAGAUGUGGUUUGGUGGGGACAUGGGGCAUGGAGUUGUGUUAAUGGGUGUUCCGAGUGACAAUAAACAUCAAAAUUCAGAGGGGAACUUCUACUUUUAUGUAUUGAACCUUGGACAAAAUGAGGAUUUGAUGAUACAGUCAUGCAGCCAAGGAUCGACAGAGGAGCAAGAAGAGUCCACACCUUUGGAAGACUCAGAGGAGUUCACAUUCAGCAGCAUCUUUGAUGAAGAUGUAUAUAACGAAGAUGACGAAGAAGAUGAGUCUGAAACUGGAUACUGGAUUGACUGCUGCAAGGACUGCAACGUAGACAUAAACACGUGGGUGCCAUAUUAUUCCACCGAACUAAACAAACCAGCCAUGAUCUACUGCUCUAAAGAUGGUGGCCACUGGGUGCACGCCCAAUGCAUGGACUUGUCGGAGAGCACGCUUAUCCACUUGUCUGAGAACAACGUCAAGUAUUUCUGCAAUGACCAUGUCCAGUUGUCAAGGGGCCUUCAAACCCCCAAGAAGACGAUGCCUCCUCAGAAAGCACCAAUGAAGCCGAUUAGGAAGAAAAACUCUAUUAAGCGAAUAUCAGAAGGGAAGAAAUCCUUCCUCAGGCGUUUGUUUGAGUGA